CCCCCCCCUCUUUAUUCCACGUUUCCGUUAUUUUUUUUACUUUAUUAUUGAAACUGUUCACUGAAACUUGCGUAAUUGUUGUUGAGUUUGUGUGGAACCAAGCUUCUUUUUGUUUAGUUCUUGGGCCAAAAUGGCUGCUUGCCAGAAUGUUCUUUCUGUCUCUCUCUCUCUCUAGCGUGGUGCGCGCGUUCUUUGCUGCUUAGUCACCUUAGGGCGAAACGUCAUUGCUUACUUAAAACAUAUGCAAUGGAAAGUCAAGAUAGGUUGAGAUGCAACGUAUGUUCUUGGCGUGUCCACAACUAGAAGUUGCAAAAUUACGUCUACUAGCAAUCGAACGAUUUUUUUUAACAUUUGAAAUAGAUUUUUUAUCAAAUGUAUUGACACAUAACCUGGGUUACACGUUACAUGACACUGACAUCCGCUUCCGACUGCGUAUGGACUGUAACUCCUUAAAUAUUUAUGGGUGUGAAAAACGUUUGGAAAGAAAGUUGUGACUAUUACAGACGACUCUCGUUAUGCACGGGGUUUUGUUUGGUUGAUGGAGAAUAUUUUGCCACUUAUCGUCAUAAAGCCACCAGAAGUUAUCAGAUUUAACUGUUUCAAAGUGUACACUUUAAAAAUAAGUUAUUUUUGAAGAGUCCCCCUUUAAAACUACAUAUAUGUAUAGAGAUCGAUUCUACUCUCGUAGCCUUUAGCGGAAGGUGAGCUGUCGUUGGCCGAAUGUUGGUAAGCGUGUACGUAGAAAGUCGGGUUGCAAUUUGAGUUCUUGACUAGGAAACUGCUAUGCUGCUAUAAUGAUUGUUCUACCGCAGACGAUAAGAUCAUUUCGUCCUUCAAAGCUUUCGUAACUGACUGCAUCCACAUGCUCGCGCCAAUAACCACACAAUUACGCUUGUAUUACAUAGACAUUCGAGGUCUCGUUUAGCUGCCAUUACUUAUUUACGUAUUGUUCUAUUGUGGUUACUGCUGGUGUACAUGUUCCUGUAAGAUCAAUCACAGACAGCAACUGUUUAUUCAACGUGCACCGUCAAUAUGAGAGCGAUCAGAGAGAAGUCUCCGUUGACCUCGGUGUGUGAGGUGACAGAGUGUCUGUUGUUGAGCGCUGCCCCCGCCGUCAGUCCGGGGUUGCUGCGAGAGCUGGGGGUCUCUUGCGUCGUGAACGCCGCCUCAGAGCUGCCCGACACUCCACUACCUCAAGACCGACAGGUUGCCUACUUUAAGGUGGGCGUGGAGGACAGACCGAACGUAGACCUUCUCUCUCACAUGGACUUCGUCGCAGACAUGAUAGAGGAGGUGCGGUGUGCGGAUGGCAAGACGCUGGUUCAUUGUGUGGCGGGAGUCAGCCGCUCUGCCACCUUGUGCCUUGCCUACCUCAUGAAACACGAGAGAAUGCCUCUGAGGAAAGCUUUCAGCUAUCUCAGGUCGAGACGACCUUCGAUCCGGCCGAACAGUGGCUUUUUCAGUCAGCUGAUCGAGUUCGAGAGGCGGUUGUUCGGUGCUGCCACGGUGUCCAUGGUGCACAACCAAGCUGCGGGAAACCUCAUACCGGACGUAUACGAGGCGGAGUAUCAGAACAUGUUGUGGUACCAGCAACAUUACAAACACAAAUUUGGAAGGCACUGAUUCAAGAUAUUCGCCAUGUUUCUUCCUGAUUUAUUUGUUUUUAUUUUUGAAUAGCACUGGAAUAGUGGCAUGGCUUUUCGUUUAUCAGAUACUUUAUCCGAAGACGUCAUUUUCGUGCCCGUGUCCGCGGUUUUACUCAGUGAAUGUCACUUUUCAGAUCACUAGACGUAGUUUGGAAAGAUGCACACUUAUUCUGUAUAAAUUCAAUACGCAAAUAAAUUUAUAGUCCCCAGCUUCAAUAAGUCAACCUACAUUAUAUUCCUUCUGUGGGUAUGUGACUUGCAUAUAUAACAAAUAAAUAUUUUAUAUGCUGCAUUAUUUCCGUAUUAAUGUUGAUCAAUCAUUAUUAGUACAAGAUAAGUAUUAGCAGGUUUCACAUUAAAACUUAUUGUGACAUAUGCUAUAUUAUUUAUAUAGACCUGUAAUUAAAUUUAUAUUUUUUAAUAUAAAAGAAUGCAUUGUUUUGAUUUAUCAUUUUGGUUUAUUAUUUAAGAACUUAGUGACUGUUGUCAGCAUAAAAUAUCUUAAAAAUUCAUUGUGACAGUGCGGCUUUUCACAAAUUACAUUCUUUUCACAUAAAGAAUGCCCAGAAUAUUAAUUUGUACUUUUAGUGAAAAGUUAAUGCAGGUGGAACGUUCCAUUAAGUGGGAUGAUGUGUGUGCAAAGACGUGAAGUGUGUGAAUGUGUUUGAUUGAAAUACAUUUUGAAUUAAGAAACUACG